AUGAGGCUCCACCCCCUGCUUUCUGUUCUUCUCUUCUUUGUGACCUUAAUACCAAAAGGAAAUACUGGCCUUAUUCCAGGGACAAAGAGAUGCGCCAUGUUGAAAGGAAGUUGCCUUGAAAAGGCAUGCACAACCAUAGAACAUAAGAUUGGUGUGUGCAGUAGCACCAAGGUGUGCUGUCGGAGGUGGUGGAUCUAUGGGCCCUACCCAACGCCAGUGCCCAAAGCAAAGCCUUCAUAG